CACAUGAUCACGUUGGGAGACAACCAGGAAGUCAUGGGUUGUGUGUGGUGAAAGAAGCGGAACAGACGUUUUAAUCUCCGUUUUCAACCAUGUCUCUUUACAAAAACAGUUCGUUUUUGGUUUUGUUAGUAUUAUCAUACAUUUAUGCUCUCGUGUCUGGCGGUGAAGUAAACGUCAGCGCAACAGAAUUAGCGGACACGAUGAAACAAGCCUCGUCUUUCAGCCCCGCAGCUGCUGUUGUGGUUAAACCCGGUGAGGACUCCCUGUUCUCCCUCAAUCUACUCUCGUCCUCCCUAGAAUACCCGGAGAUCAGCGUCUACUGCAGCGAGCUGCUUAAAAUAUUCGGACAGAGAUAUUCUGCCUACGUGAACUGCUUGGCGACUUUUGCCCGACCCGUUCAAGUUUGCCAGAUGUGUUUCUCCAAUUAUAGCAUCCUCACUGACAUCUAUGUGAACAUCUCGUCAGAACAGAUGGGUGCUGGUAAUGAAAGCUGCAGGGACAGCCUCCUGCGGAGUGAUCGGCUGAUGCUGGUCUACCUGCUCUACAGCAACGUGAAAGACAUUUGGAUCAAAUCAGACUGUGACAAAUGUAUCACUAAGGGAUUCCAGAGCCUGACCAAUGACACGCUGUACUUCCUGAAUGCGCACACCCAAACUAUCACCUGCUUUAACAAGUAUAAACAGGGGAACCAAACAGAACUGUGCAAAGACUGCAAGACCUCGUACAGAGGCCUGAAUGAGCUGUACAGCAGAAUGGAGACAAAUGAGACGAUGUGUAUCGACAUAGAGGAUGCGAUGAAUAUGACUCGCAUACUGUGGAGUAAGAAGUACAAUUGUUCCUUCCCCCGUGAGGAGACGGUGCCUGUCAUCGCUGUGUCCAGCUUCAUGCUCUUUCUGCCCAUCAUCUUCUACUUGAGCAGCUUCCUUCACUCUGAACAAAAGAAACGCAAGCUCAUACACCCCAAACGGGCAAAGUCAUACUCAAGUCUGAUGAACAUUCAGAACAAACUGAGCUGAGGAGGAGACAGGCGGUGACUAAAAGAGAGGACAACACUCUUUUAUUAGAAGUUACAACCCGGGAGAAGAUUGGACUCCUCAUCAUCUUGUGCCUGAGGUUUGAAUGUAGCAGAGUGAACAACAGCGUUGCCUGUUUGUUUUCAAGAGACUGUGAUCAGUAUUCAGAGGACUUCAAGAAUCCAGAUAUAAGAAUGAAAUGCUUUGGGCACCUGUUGCUUUCUUGUUGUUGUUGCUUUCUUUUGCUUUACAUUUGCUUUCAUAUCCUCAAAAUAUUCUUCUCAAAAUGUAAUAAAUGGUGUUUGAAACACAUAAAACAAAAGCAUGCAGAAUUAAUAUUUUCAGAAUUUUUCAGCAAAACAAACAAAUAAAUUAUACACGGACUGUGUUUGAGUCUGCCCCUUACUGCCGUAAUUUGAGAUAAGCUUUAAUUUGUGACAUUUUGUAUCUAUAUUAAGCAGGCUGUUUGUUUGAAUCAAAUAACGUCUAACUUUAUAAACUACUAAUCAGAUUAUUCUUCAUGUUGCUGCACAGAUACCGGCCUCUCCUUCCUUUCAACUCGUUAACAAUCUUCGUGUUUUUCAGUGCAUCCUGUAGCCUGAUGCACAUCGCUGUCACCAGAAAGAGUGGCUUGAGUGCGUGUAUGAGCUCUACUUAUGGGUUGAAAAAAACGUGUUUUCUGUCUCUAAUGUAUGUCCAGAAGAGAGCUGCAAAAAAAAGGAAGCACUUGAUGUCCAUUAGUGGUGACAUGUAUCUGCUGUAAGAAGGGGAGGCACAUCAGUGGGGUGGGGGGGGGAGUAGAUAAAGACAUAAUGUAAGAGCACUCCAGAGUACCACACUGUGAUGUUACCUGUUUUCCAGUCAGUGUUUUUUGUGGUUGCAUAAAGCUUUUAAUGUGCUUUGUCAUUUUCCACAGAUGUUUAACUUAAUUUGGGGGCUUCUGACUGCUCAUGACAGUGAAGUCUCAUUUAUGUCUCCUUUAUGAGUUAUGGGUGUUGAAUUGAUGAAUUUUCCUGUUAGAAAUGUAUUUGCUGUGAAGUGAUUAAUUUUGAAUGCAUAAGCCCAAAUAAAUGUUUUUACGUCAGAAAAAACCUACAGAUGCAUGUGCUGUAAUUUAACCACUGCCUAUGGUUUAGUUUAAUUAAAGUGGUGGAAAGUAAGUACGUGUAUUUACUCAAGGACUUGAUUACUAAGUAUUUCCAUUACUUUAUACUACUACAUUUUAGAUGGAAAUAUUGUACCUUACUACGAUUGCACCAGUUACAUUUCAGAUUAAAAUGUGCAUUAAAAAUACAUGACAAUCUCUCAACAUACAAUGCAAUUUAAUAGAUAUUCAGUUCAAAUGACCCCCAACCAUCUACAACUUUAAAAUACUUUUGUAUUUUGAUUUAUUUUUUUUUAAAUAUCCAUUAUGAUAAUCUUGAAUCUUGGGACGAUCUGCAC